CAGCAUACACACACGCAGUCGUAGCCGCCACUCUGGCCCGAGAAGCCGCUCCUAGCACCUGCCUGUCUACCGCCACCAUAGAUGAACACCACUUACAAGGUCCUUAAACCAUGUAUAGUGAAGGACUCUUCAUGUUAACUGUGAGACGUAGUGAUGUGUUUGAGUGCGGCUCAGUGGCGGUGGUGUUGGUGUUGAGGGAGGGUGUGUAUGUGACGUAAACCAGUGGUAGGACACGUGAUACAGUGAGUGGAGCGCGGUGCAGUGUGUCUCAGUCUCUUGUAGUCUACCUUUUCUGUCUACGAUCCCAAAAGGAAAGAGUCACUGCAGCCAGGGAGACAUAUCCUACUGUCUAGGUCUUCUCGAUACAACCAAAUCACCAGGAUGACUCACAUACCUCCCGUCAUCCCCUUUGUUGACCACGAAGGAUUUCCAAAAGUCGUCGACGCUGAGAAAGUGACUUUAGGUUAUCCUCAGAAGGACAGUGAGAGUGGUGAGCUGGUGAGAGAUAAGGUGGUCAUCCUCAGAAGACCUCGACACCCUGCGUUGUUUCACACUCACUCCCUCACCACCAGGAAUACCAUACCGAGCUCUUUCAUGCUGAUGAAAGAGCAAAAAAAGUUUGGAGGUUUCAGGAUACAGGAUUUUACCCGGGGUCCUGCCAAGUUUAAGCUGCGUCAGGGUAGUAUGAGGUACCAGCGGAAGCCUGUGGGGCCCACCUUUCAGACGCGCGUUUGCAUGGAGCGGGGCGUGCCUGUGAGUUACACCACCACACGCACCCCCCACACGGAUCUCAUAUCCCCUGAGGAAGUCCCUGGAGUAAGAAGAAUAUUUCGAGUACCUUGUGAAAGUCUUCCCUCAGACCAAAGUGAAAAACCCUUGAGAAACCCCAAAGUUAUUUGUGUGAGUAUCUGGGAAGAAUUUCUGUACGGAACGUCUGUGUUGGAUGUUAUGACGGGUCAUGGGGGGGAGGAGCCUGACGGGCCUAUUGGAGUCUUGCGCGCGCAUCUCAAACGAUAUUUAUCGGCAACAGUGAUAGACAUGUUGGUGCUCUCUGUUUACUUUACUCUAUAUUUUCUGUCGUGUUUAGCAUACAAUGAUUUCUGGGAACUUGGGUUGUAUAUGUUAUUAGCUAAUCACUUACAAAUUCACGAGAAAGCAUAUAAGAGAAAAAUGCGGAUCGAUUUCACCGGCAGCGCCUUCCAAGGACCAGCUUAUGUGUGUGUGAGGACUUGGUGUCAACACUGUAUCGAGAAAGACAGAGAAAAGGUGAUGUUCGGGUUAAUGAAGAAAAUGAAGGCAGACAUAAGAGGUACUAGUGAGUGUUAGCUGCUGUGAAUCAGUGUUGUGACGCAACAGUAUUAUGUAAGUUACGUGUUGUUCUCUGUGUUCUGUUCAGUGCAAAAGAAAGAAGACAAAAUAUACUUUUUGCAGAUCAAUUUAAAAUAUAGAUCUUUUAUAUGAACCUAAAACUACCACAUAAAACAAUAAACGAAAUAACUUGAUAUUAAAAGUUUUGAUGGUAUCCUGCUUUUGCUUGUUCUUGACGGCCUCACUAACUCAACGAGUGUCAAUGUUUUGUUUUAAUACUGUACAUAUUGAUGUAUUUUAAGAAACGUCUUCCUGCCUUCUUCA